CCUCGACAACACAGCGCGCCCCGCCAAACAAGGUCCAGGGAAGCAUUCCGGGGCGAGCAGAAUCUCCUGGUCGCUCAAAACAAUGGCAGCGGAGUGAACGCGGCGACCGCGGGCAGCAUACACGCACGAUAACCACAUCACCACCGCAACCAACAGGAAGGAUAAAGAACAGCAAUAUGCCCGAUCUUAAUUCUGUCCCGGCCUCCCCGAGGCAUCCAGCAAACACCACGAGCUCGACCAUGCAGGGCAUACAAGCUGCGGCUAGCGGUGCUUCGGCACAGGCUUCGCGUCAGUCUUCUACGCCUGCUUCGAGGCGCGCGUCGCAGAUAUACCCCAUGAGCCCUCCACCGCUCCCUCUCGCCUCCCCCGGCGGCGCUCUCCCUGCGGGUACUACCCAGCACUCCCACGCCUACGCGUUUCCUCCUCUGAGCCCCAACCUGUCCGGUCAUGUACCUAGCGUCGAUGCUCAGGGCGUGCCGAUGCGGCAUCCUCGACCGCUGACGGCGGCAGAGCUACACUUGGAGCUGGAGAAGGAACAAGAGGCGGUCGUAAACCGCCUAACUCGCGAGCUCUCCGCCCUCCGCGCCCACUCCGCAUCUGUAGCGUCGACCACCUCGAGCACCGCGUCCGGCAUUCACAUCGAUCAAGACAUGACCGGCCCAACACACCCCACGUCCGCGCGUCGUCACCGUAGCUCCUCGAGCGUAUCUCGCAGCAGCAUAAAUGCCCCUCCCUACGGCAUCCCACUUACGUCUGCCACGGCCAGCAUUCCGCACCAUCGGUACUCUAUGUCUUCCCAACCCACCAGCGACCCGACCGCUGCACAGCAGGCCAGAAGCGCAAGCGUGGUCAGCACGCCAAGGUACGAGGAGGUUGCGCACUACCGCCAAGAGUUGGAAGAGGCUAAGAGGGAGAAUGAGAUGCUCAAGCGGAGGAUCAGAGAGUUGGAGCGUAUGAUUCGGGGAGGUGGUGAUGCGGAUACACAGAGGGGUAGGAGGGGCGCACCGGCACAGGCCCAAGCGCCAGCAACGGGCAACGCUGCUAGCAGCGAUGCUACGACACCUGCUACUGGAGCAGUAGCUGCUGAUGGAGCUGCUUCCCAAUCAUAAGGGCGCUUGAGGAAGAAUGAUGCGUCCAUGUCACGGCCAAGGCAUGGCACAGUGGUACGGGGAUUCCUGAACCCUUUCGGGUGUCCUUGGCUCACAUCCCACUCAACACGGCAACUGGGGAAGACUUUUUGGGCACGAUAGCGCCUCUUCAGGUAAUGCCACCUGAGGGUAGCGGACGGAUGAGGUAGUGGAGCGACGGUAAGACGCUUCAC